CCGCAGUAAAGAGGCGGGGAAGCACGAGAUUACGAGAAGCCGCGCGCCGCUCACAGUCAGGCAGUCCGUCCGCACUGGAGGGGGAAAAGCAACUGGCUGUCAACGAGACUGGAAUUCCGAAGAGAACAGGGGCGUGAGAAAUAAAAAAAGGGAACAAGAGGACGUCGCCACGGACAAGCGGAGUGCAAUGUCGGCCCUAAUCUCUCCUGCCCGCGAUUCGCCGGCUGGGAGAAACGGCGAGUACGAAGAGUUCGAAGGGCAGUUGCAGCGGAGGUUUGACGAGUCUCGGCGAGACGCGGAGCAGAUUGAGGAGCAUGGCGUCCAACAGGGCACAGAGCCACCACCACCGCCGCCGCCGGUUGACGACUGUGAGAAGCUGGGCACGCUGUUCGGAGAGCUCAACAAGUGCCUGAGACACCUCGGCUUUACUCAGAUGUACUUUGGAGAGAAGAUCAUUGAGCCGGUGGUGGUCGUGUUUUUCUGGGUGAUGCUCUGGUUUUUGGGGGUCCAAGCGUUGGCUUUGGUGACAGUUCUGUGCCUUGUCAUUAUUUAUAUACAGAAGUAGCAAGCCCACCACUGAACUGGACUCGGACUGCGGCUAAGCUUCAAUGUAAAUAGGUGUACAUACAGAAUAUAAAGUGAUGGCGUCCACAGUCGACUCCUGCCUGCCAGUGUCUUUACAAAGGGACGCAAAAUGUCACGAGGACCCAAGACCACCUUUGGAGUGUCUGCCGCUCCUCUGAUCCGAGGUAACAACGUGAGCAGACGUCACGGCUGAGCUGAAGAGCCUCCGGGGAGUCGAGGAGGAGCAGCCCCUCCAUUAGGGGGCACCGUCUGGCCAGCGUGAACGUAAAUCUCAGCCGAGGAGCUUUGUGUUUGCUCUCAUCGCGCGUCUCCAGUGCCUUCAUUACGUGUUUGUUUGACCCUCAAGUCCUCAAAGUAAAUGUCCCACCAAUUCAGAUGAUUUGCUUGAAGCUUAACUUUCUGGGUUUAACUCCCACGGCCUUUUCAAUGUCAUCGUCUAGGAAAAGGAAGUCCCCCCCAGAAUACAAAAGGGGGAUUAUGAGGAGACCUGGGCUCAAAAUUAUGAAGGGGAUUAGUCCAGUGGAUCAGGACCACGGCCCACAGCUGGAAGAGAAGCAGAGACAUGGGGAGUAGGUGGGCAGCGGGACUUGAGGGACCCUCAGAGGUUGAAUGACGUGGACAGGACUGGUGGGUUCUGUUGAAACAACACAAAUGUGAUCAGUUAGCGUUGGGGUGUAUUGGAGGGCCACGGCUUGUUUUAAUUUUACAAACAGCAUUUCUGAGGCCUUCUGAUGAAAACGCAUUUCAAGGGUCACAAAGAGAGGCAAACGUUGGAGCAGUCGGGCGUGCGCUUGACCUCCUGGCGCUGACGGCUUCAUCGCACUCGCCAUGCGUGGCGUCCACCUCUGAGACAGAAGGUCAGAACCCGUCGGUUUGUUACUCGCUUGGCAUCGCCAGACCCGAACCCACACGGUAAGGCAGGAAAGCCACCGAAUCCGCACCGGUCAACGAAAAACACGGUGACUCCAUGGAGGUGUGGAACAGAGUGAGCCGACCACCUGUCCAGGUAAAGACCAGAAAACCAAAAUGUCACAUGGAGUGAAGUCCUGUGAGUGCGAGUGCGAGGUGAGGGCGUUCAGGCCCAAGUGGCGUAAAAGGAAAAACACGUUUAGAUAACUCUGUACAGUGUGUGUGUGUGUGUGAAAUCUAUAAAUACGGUAGAUAUCAUCUGUAUAUUGUGUAUCUAUAUUUAAUUAUCUCUCUCUAUAGAUACACAACAUAUGUGCCUGUAUACAGCGUGGGUCAUAUUAAUUAUAUAUGUACUGUAUAGUAAUGUGUGUGCGGAGUAGAUCACGAACGGGUGGGUGACGUCGGUCCUGGAGGGCCGCAGUGGCUGCUGGUUUUCAUUCCCACCCAAUUCCGUCAUUAGGAGCCCACACUCGCCCGUCUCAGACUUGAUUUUGUUUCCCGUCUCGCUGGUCUGCAGUGCUGGGCUCUCAUGUCGUGAAUUUUCUCCUUUCCCAGGACGUCAUCCUCGUGAUGUGAGGCCCAAAGCAGAUCAGUUUCAGGCUCACGUCCUUCUCUUUAGUGUUUUAUCAAAGCAGACGGUGCAGGAUGGACACACGUCACAUGGCGGACUGCCGGCUGCUUUGUCGUUUGGGGUCUUGAUGCAGAUAACGAAACAGCGAAUGUGAAGACUGAAAUAAGCAGAUGGAGUCACCCUUAACAAUUGAGACCACUGAAAUGAAGCCUCAGAAUGUCACCUGAGCAAUAAGAGCUUCAGUGGAGAUAACUGACUUCUCAUUAAAAACAUGAGUUGGAACAAAAACCUGCAGCCCACCAGGACUGACGCUGCCCACCCCUGCUAUAUAAUAAUAUAUACUACUUAUGCUGCCCAUCUGAGACGGGUUGAAAGCAAAGUAAUUGACGUAGUCCACAGAGUUAAUGUUUGCAGUGCACCAUCUGUUGGAAUAUAUUUGUCGUGUAUGUAAUAACAUGCCCUGUAUUUUGCAUUCCAAUACGUGGUGCACCACAACCAUUAAGACCUGCUUUUGUGAAUCCCAACAGAUGGCACAAGACCAACAUUAAUACUCCUUUAUGAACCCCCCCCCCCCCCCCGCCAUGCCAAAAGA